GGUCGAUAAGUAGAAUAAGUUUAGGGUCAAAAUUGAAUAAUGCUUUAGCAUUGGGGCAGAAACCAAAACACUAAAAUUUACAAUUUACACCCACAUUGGAAACUUUACCUGUGCACUUUUCGUCGUCUUUUCAUCAAUCGUUGUUAUCGUCUCAUUAAAAUCGUUGCUUACUCAUCGCAUCGGAGAUGGCGUUUUUGCUCAAGAACAACUCGAUUUCAUCUCACCUCCGAUCUUCUUCCCAGAAGAUGGAUGGGGGCGCCCUAGGUCAAUCCCGUCGGGGGUUCCAUGUGGAGCUAGGAGCUCGCGAGAAAGAUCUAUUGGCUGAGAAUGAUGCUUUGAGGAGAUUCAAGUCGCAUAAGAAAGGAGUGCGCCAAUUGAAAAGAAUUGGAGAUGUGAUCACUGCUGUCGUUGUUGCUGGGUGCUGCUAUGAGAUCUAUGCGAGAGCAACUAUGAAAAAGGAAGCUUAGGCUGCAUGAGGAAGCUCAUGAGUCCUCCUUAUGCUUUUAUCAUCAAUCUUCCCUUUUUAGCAAGUCUCUUCUGGAGUUCAUGUUGUUAGUCAUGUUGGCUAUUUGCUCAACGGUCUUUUGAAUAAAAGUGAAUACACGAAAAGGAAUUGGUAUUUUUUUUGUUAUUUUGGAUCAGAAAGACUCGUUCGUAUGGAGCUCAUAAACUGUGUUACAAGAUUCGUCUAAUGUUAUUUCUAUUAUCGCCUC